CCCUGGCAUGGACCAACAGGGCAACUCUUCCUCUAGCGGAAACCACUAGUGUUAAUAUUUGCCAUAUUAUUUAGCGAAAAUAUAUAUUUCCUUAUUAGAAACAAACCACUCGUUUAGAAUCGAAAUUAAUUAAAAAGGAAAAUCAUAUGAAAAAGGAAACCGGAUCUUACAGCAAUCAUUUAUGAUCUUGCGGUUAAUAUUUUCUAUAUAUUUGGAAACACAAUAGACAAUAAUCACAAACUCUUCAUUUAGUUCAAAACCACAGACACAAAACAUGACGAUGGCUUCUUCUUCUUCUUCUUUGUCUUCUCUCUUCAAGAAACCUUCUUCUUCGGAAGCUAAACGCUUAACUAAAAGACAAGAGAAUGUCUUCAAGAAAGCUAACGAGCUUUCAAUCCUCUGUGGCGUCGAAGUCUGCGUCAUCUACUACGGAUCAUACGGAGAGCUCAAAACAUGGCCUGAGGACAGAGAGAAGGUCAAAGACAUGGCUCGAAGGUACAGUGAACUAAGCGAAGCGAAGCGUGAAGUAAAACAAUAUGAUCUUGACCUGUUUCUUGAGAGUAUCAAGAAGGAUAAUGAUUCCAAGAAUAAGAAAAAGAAGAAGAAGAGAGCGAAGCUUGGAUCCAGUUACAAGUAUCCAGACUGGCACCCGAGGUUUGAUAAGUACUCUGUAGAGCAACUCGAGGUGCUGAUUCAGUCUUUGGAGCGUAGUCAAACCAUGAUGCAACAUAGGCUUCGAGCUGUUGUUGAAUCUCAAAGACAGAGGAAUAUGCAUUACACGAACAUGGCUGGUCAAGAACAGAUCAUGGUUCCAGAACGUUCAAACCAAGCUUCCAUGAAUCUGUUUAACCAUGGAAACAGUACUUUACCGCAAAGCCAAGCCUCGAUAUCAGCUUCUAACCAAGCGUAUUCUCUGGCUCCGUUACCAAACUCACUGACUAUACACCAGGAUCCGAAUAUGGAGAUGUAUUCUAGGUUACUUGCGUCACAAGGAGCUGGGAUGAAUGAGGUUUUUAACACGAGCAUGUUACCCUACAACGGCUUCAACACCAACUGUCUUAAUGGUUUCUCUAACCAGUUUUAUCAGAAUUGUUUCGAAGUGGAAGAUCCCUAUGGGGUUCAAGGAGCUGGGAUCAACAACAACAUGAAAGUGGAAGAUUAUUCAGGGUUACUUUGGACGCAAGGAACUGGGAUGAACGGGUUGCAGAACGGCUACAACAGCAACAACAAUAACACCAAUGGUUAUCCGCAUCAGCUUGUUCAAACACCACCGGUUUAUCAAUACAUGGAUCGGUCAACACAGAGUGUCAGACCUCUCUAUGAGAUUUGAUCUCUGGCAAUCUCUCAUAACCAUAUUCUCUUAUAUAUACUUAGAGCUUGAUGCAACUAUCAGUUUAGAACAUUUUUAUCAAUCUCUGUCUUUUCAAUAAUGCCAGAAGAUUCUAUAUAUGCAGUGUGACUAACUAUAUGUCGUGAGUGAGUUUCCACAUUUAUUCGGAGUUUUUUUUUUGUAAUCAUUAAUGUUUGCUUAAUAAUACCCUUUAUGGAAGCGUUUUAGCAUGUCUCACUAGCAGUAUGUAUCACUUGCACAAAAAAAGAAAGUAAAGGGAAAAUGAUAAAUGGAAAAAAAGUAGUGUUAAGCUAAGUACGAUUAAAGUGUGACUUUGACAAAAACAGUGUCCAGUACAGUAAAGUGUUGCUGUUUCAGUUUCUUAAGACAGACACAAGACCAGGACACAGAAAAGCUUAUCAAGAUAACCAUCAUUCCAUUCCAUGGUGGAGAAACCUGUUCUGGUCCAAAACACAGUGACCGGGGAACAAAUCGAUCAGAUCAGCAACAUCUCAGCAACUAUAGCAAAGUUUCUUGGAAAUGGACAGGCCAUACCACAUCU